UUUCUUCUUUGUCUCGAUUCUGAUUGGUUGAAACGGUAUUUUGUCUAAAUACUGACCAGUCUGAAUACGCGGUUGUCUAAAUACUGACAUGUAACCACUUUCAAUUAGGGUUUACAAUUGCUGAGGCAAAGGCGAUGAAAAAAAAAGAAAAAAAAGAGAGAAAAAAAGAAAGGAGUGGUACAACCUGACGUCGAUUUGGAGGUCGAUUCACCAGAUCACUCCUUCUUGCGUCUAGUUACGCCAGGGAAACUUCACUCGCCUACGGCUGGGACGGCGAGAUUUGGUAAGAUAACCAGAAGAGGAAAGCCCAGCGCGCAUAUGAUCUAUUUAAUAAGUUUAUCACAACAAUUAGGCUAAUGUAUUUAUCACAACAAGCAUGAGUGCUUAUUUAUUAUAUUACAAAAACAAUAGUAAUAAAAUAAAUAAGUAGUAGCCCUGUUUUUAGGAGUGACCUCGUGGUCUGGAGAUACAGAUCCAGUCGUGAGCUCACUAUUUUUGCAUAAAACUAAGUUAAUCUGAGCGUUCUGACCGAAGCCCAAAACAGUUACAAUUUUGUCGACCCGAUGCUGAAAGGACCACGCAAAGAACUGGCUUUGGUAGAGACGGUUAAAAGCAUGUAGAGCUGUGUUUAGACGCUAGCCAGUCGUUUUACAACCUAUGUUUUUUUUCCGUCUAUAUGUACUUCCGGGCGAAUGUUGCAAGCAGACUAGCAGUGGGAGAGUUGGGUAGAAAAUAAAUGACGCCGUUAGUAAAAAGCUGAUUUCUUAAUUGAAUAUGCGACAGAAGUAACUCAUGAUUCCAGUCGGCGUAAUUCUUGAAACCUCAAAAUGAUUUCUGUAGUAAACACAGACGCCUCCACCAGUUUGUCUCGCUGAAUUAUGUUUGUACAUAUCAUUAUAGCCAUUUGUAAGCCAUGUUUCGGUUGUGCAACAAAUAUCUCUUUUGUACAUGGCUACAUCAGUAGCCAAGUACUUAACACAUUUUGGUUUCUUUAAGGAACGUACAUUCAGCAGGAGGAACUUUGGUGGUUGGUUGUAAUUGGUCAAUGGAACCAUAAUCCCGUUCUGGUUCAGUAGAAACUGUUUGAUGCGUAAGAAAGCACCUAGAGAAAGCAUUUGGUUCAAUUUUGCUUGGGGAGACAAAAUCUGCAAUGCAAACGGCGAGGAUCUGCUUGCUUUCCAACAGAAGCACUGUCUAUUAAUCUACAUGAAGGGGAGCCAACAUUUUUCUGCACUGGAGGAGGCCAAAGCGUUAUCGACCACAUUUUGUGUUCAAAGUCGAUGAAUGACCGAUCAACAGGGUAUUCGACAGACACAGAGGUGGAAUUUUACACAGGGGCACCAAAUCGGGGACAUGUACCGUUGUGGAACUCAUUCAAUUUUGGUCCAUCAAAAGAAGGUAACCCUUCACCAGACUGGUCGAAAGCCAACUGGGAGAUCUGGCGACAAACAUUAAACACGCAUAUCGCAUCUCAGUGGCCAGAACUCGUUUCAACAGAUGAGCCACGUGAGUUGUGGAAUAGACUGCUUCAGCUUCUUCAGGACUCUAGAAUAGUUUGUGUACCAAAUCGAAGACCCUCGGCUCAUAUGAAACCGUAUUUCACAAAAGAACUGCGAGAUUUAUCAGAAAAACUGCGCGCCUCAAAGAGAAAUAUGAAAUUCAGAUCCGAUCCAAUUCGCACGUUUCAAUACAAAGAACUACGAGACGAAUUCAAGUAGCUGUUACCGACAUCACGACAAAAUUAUUUCAAGUGCGCCACAACUAUGAACAAUUCCUCCGGUUCAACAUCUUGGCAAUCAGAAAACAAAAUAUUCGGCAAAGAAACGGUUCUAUCAAUGGGAUGCCUUAUGAAGGACAGUAAAAUUCUUCAUAACGAAAGUGAGAAAUUCGAUUACCUGUUUCAAAUUUUCUUCUCAGGUCGCUAUCUAUCGGACCAUCAGUUUGACGAGAACUGGGAGAAAUUAGUUCGCAAGAAUAUCCACAGAGAACAGAUAACUCCGGAUGAAAUUGUGGAAGAAAACGAGAUGAACCGAAGCAUCAGUAUGAACGAAAUCGACAACGCAAUAUCGAAAAUGAAAGUCUCAAAUAAAUCAGCAGACCCGGACAUCAUCUACCCCCUUAUGUUGAAGAAAUCGGGAUUUCUAUUCAGAGCUGCACUAAUCAGGCUCUACGAGCUCAGUUUUGAUACAGGAAAAUGGGUCUAGAAAGCAGGAAUGGUAACAUUUCUACACAAGCCUCACAAAACCGACUAUACCAUUGCCAAUAGUUUUCGACCCAUCACUUUAACCUCGUAUGUCGGUAAAAUAUUUGAAAGAGUUCUUGAAACUAAACUGAGGAAGUACCUGGAAGAAACCAAUCAAAUAGGCGAAGAACAAGAGGGUUUUAGAGGUCAUCGUAGUACGGGUAGAUACUUUUACAAGCUAGUGGAUUAUAUUCAAACUCACACACAAACAGGCAAAGCCGCCGCAGCUCUAUUUAUAGACCUAGAGAAAGCAUUUGAUUCAAUAUGGAUAGACGGCCUCAUGUCCAAACUCGUCAAAGCAGGAGUCAAUGGAAAAAUGUAUGACUUACUAGACAGUUUUGUCCGUACUAGACAAGUACGGUUGAAAAAUGGAAAAAACUUCUCUGACGCGUUCAAAGCCACAGUGGGACUUCCACAUGGUAGUAUUUUUUCGCCCUUGCUUUUCAUAUUCUACACAGUAGACGUAUUUUCAAAGUGCAAAGGGAAGGCAUUCAAGUAUGCAGACGACUCAACAUUGGUGAAUGUCGGAGUGUGAGUAGAUAUUGCAUUGAAAUCUUUGAAAGCGGACUGUGAUCACAUUACAGCUUAGUUGCUGAAAUGGAGGUUAUUGGCUUCAGGAUCCAAGACAGAGGUAGUAAUUUUAACUCCAGGUCGACGCGCAACAGUGGAUACGAAUAUGCUGGACCAGGUGGUUUUACAAGGGAAGCUCAUCAAGUUUGCGACACAGUCAACAGCAUUGGGAGUGACGAUAGAUCAGAAUCUGACGUUCAAACCCCAAUUUGAAGAGAGUACACGGAAGGCAACAAAAGCAUGGUACUGUAUACAACCAAUUCUAAAAUUCGGUCUGAACACGACAUGCGUCAUGAAACUGCUGCAAGCUACGGUUCUUCCAGUAUGGACUUAUCUUGCUCAUAUUUGGUCGGAAUCUUCGUGGUUUAGAAACGACAGUUUGUGGUACCGAGUGUUGCUUGAAGCGACGGCAUCUCAAUACCCGCACGCAGAGGAGAAACUGGAAGUUAUUUGCAGUAUUGUUCCAAUCGACCUGCAGAUAGAGACAUCACAAGCCAAAUUUGCUCAUAAAAUCUUUUUAAGAGGUGAUUCGUGCACGACGACACUGAACAUUUCGAGUAGUCAGCUCUCAUGCAUCAUGAAACGCCGUCACGCAAAGUUCUGCCAGGACACUGGUUUACAGGAGUACACCCCUGGACCAGGUGGUUUUACAAGGGAAGCUCAUCAAGUUUGCGACACAGUCAACAGCAUUGGGAGUGACGAUAGAUCAGAAUCUGACGUUCAAACCCCAAUUUGAAGAGAGUACACGGAAGGCAACAAAAGCAUGGUACUGUAUACAACCAAUUCUAAAAUUCGGUCUGAACACGACAUGCGUCAUGAAACUGCUGCAAGCUACGGUUCUUCCAGUAUGGACUUAUCUUGCUCAUAUUUGGUCGGAAUCUUCGUGGUUUAGAAACGACAGUUUGUGGUACCGAGUGUUGCUUGAAGCGACGGCAUCUCAAUACCCGCACGCAGAGGAGAAACUGGAAGUUAUUUGCAGUAUUGUUCCAAUCGACCUGCAGAUAGAGACAUCACAAGCCAAAUUUGCUCAUAAAAUCUUUUUAAGAGGUGAUUCGUGCACGACGACACUGAACAUUUCGAGUAGUCAGCUCUCAUGCAUCAUGAAACGCCGUCACGCAAAGUUCUGCCAGGACACUGGUUUACAGGAGUACACCCCAACACAUUAAAAAGUUCCAACUUCACCGAUGGAACAAACGAUUGUCCCUCACAUUCCCAGAAUACCCUCCAAUGAGAGUCCAGACCGCUCUUCUACCAGAGAAAAUGGAUAGACGUUCGAUAAGAGACAUCACAGCUAUGACCUGUGGUCAAAAUCAUCUACUGGAGAAUAGCCAAAACGUAUAGUCCCUUCUGCAUUUGUGGUACACGCGAAAACGCCGUGCAUUUUCUGUUCGACUGCACUUAUUACAGAAAUUUGAGAGAAAAAAACACCAUUUGAAUUUCGAGGAUAUCACCGAAAUGUACAUCGAAGCCACUGAUGAAGACUGGUGGAAUCUUGCCGUCUUCAUAUCAUCUUCAUCCAGACUGUAACAGAAAAUACUGGAGAACUCGCCAGAUCAGAAAGAAGGAGACCGCAUGGGCGAUGCCAAGGAUUUGUUGUGUGUUGAUGCACCACUUUCAUUGAAGAGACGCCUGAUUGUACCCAAGAAACUGCUUUGUGGACCUGGACCAACAAACAUGCAUUCCAGAGUGCGUGAUGCUUUAAGUUUACCUCUUCUGGGUCAUAUGCACAAGGAAUUUGCGGAAAUAAUGGAUGAACUUCAGGCUGGAACGAAGUAUCUUUUCCAAACUCUGAAUAAAAUGACAUUCGCUCUUGCGGGAACUGGCCAUGCUGGAAUGGAGUGUUGUCUUACGAAUUUAGUCGAGCCCGGAGACAAAGUUUGUAUUGUGAAAUCUGGAAUAUGGGGAGAGCGUUGUGGCGAUAUGGUGACACGGCUUCAAGGAAUUCCAUGUUUCGUUGAAAGUGGGAAGUUAGGCAAUGGGAUCGGCAUAGAAUCUUUAGAAAAAGUGUUACUGGCUGAGUCGCCUAGAUUAUUAUACGUUGCACAAGGCGAAAGUUCCACUGGUGUCCAAGAAGACAUAGCGAUGAUCGCAUCUGCCUCUUCGACGCAUAAAUGCAUUGUAAUUGUGGACACUGUAGCCAGCUUGGGUGGAGUGCCUUUCAAAAUGGAUGAAUGGAAUGUGGGAUGUGUGUUCACUGGAUCUCAGAAAGUAUUAGGAGCGCCUCCAGGAACUGCUCUUGUUUCGUUUGGAGCAGAUGCUGUUCAGAAGUAUGAACGGCGGAGAACUCCUGUCACCUCUUAUCUGUUUGACCUUGCUAACAAUGCUAAAUACUGGAAUAUAGAGGGAUUCGGUCCAAGAGGAUAUCACUACACGGGAGCUAUUUCCUCUUUCUAUGCUCUAAGAGAAGCUAUUGGAGUUGUGUGCGAAGAAGGAUUGAUAGAAACGCAGAGAAGACACCAGGAUGCGGCCACAUAUUUGUAUGCGAAGCUGAAGGAAAUGGGCUUAGAGCUGUUAGUGUCUGAUCCCAAAUUCAGACUACCCACGGUAACAACGGUGAAAUGUCCCUCACAUGUAAACCCUCUAACUGUGACAAACUACUUGAUGGACAAUUUUCUUCUCGAGGUGUCUGGAGGUUUGGGGCCUUCCAAGGGACUAGUGUGGCGAAUCGGCCUGAUGGGUCCCAAUGCAAACCGCGAUACUGUGGAUUGCAUAGUUGACCAUUUGAAAUGCGCGUUGAAAGCUACGGGGUCGUCACAUCUUUGAAUGGAGAACGAACUGUUAUAUUUAACUGUACUCAUCAGCGUAUUGCUUGACAAUGCUUUGAUUUAUUUAUUGGUGCUUAAAAUCAAGAAAUUUGAAUAUGUCUUUUGCGUAUAGUAUAUUUUAAAUAAAUU